AUGUCUCCGAAGGCGGCCGCCCUUGUCCUGGUGCUCCUCACGGUCUCAGGGGCACGGGCUGACGUCAACCCGGACGAGGUGGCCAGCGUGCUCUGGAAGUACUUCACCCAGCUGGGCAGCAAUGCCAAGGAGACGGUGGACCAGCUGCAGCAAGCCGAGAUCACCAAGCAGCUCAACACCCUGCUGGAGAGCAACCUGCAGAGCGUCAGCUCGUACACCGAGGACCUGCAGCGGCGGCUGGUGCCCUUCGCCACGGAGCUGCAGGCGCGGCUGGCGCAGGACUCGCAGCGGCUGAAGGAGCAGAUCCGGCGUGAGCUGGCGGAGCUGCAGGCCAAGCUGGCGCCCUACGCCGACGAGGUGCACCAGCAGAUCGGCACCAACAUCCGCCAGCUGCAAGCCAAGAUGAGCCCCUACGCCGAGGAGCUGCGCUCCCAGGUGGACCGCGGGGCUGGGGAGCUGCGGCGGGUGCUGGAGCCCUACGCCACCGAGCUGCGGGACAGGCUGCAGGACAACGCCGAGAGCAUCCAGGCCUCCCUCAGCCCCUACGCCGACCGGCUGCAGCAGCAGAUCGACAGCGGGGUGGAGAGCCUGAAGGAGCGGCUGGCUCCCCUGGCCGACGAGCUGAAGGGGCAGGUGGGGCAGAGCGUGGAGGAGCUGCGGCGGGGGCUCAGCCCCUACACCCAGGAGGUGCAGGACAGCCUCAACCGGCAGCUGGAGAGCCUGACGGUGCAGAUGGAGCGGGUGGCGGAGGAGCUGCGUGCCCGCCUGGCCGCCAGCUCGGAGGAGCUGCGCGCCCAGCUCAUCCCGCUGGCCCAGGAGCUGCGGCAGGCAGCGGGCAGCGACGCCGAGAGCCUGCGGCAGCGGCUGGCCCCCCUGGCCCAGCAGCUGGAUGAGCGUGUGGGGCAGACGCUGGAGGCUUUCCGGCAGCAGGCAGCCCCCGUCGGCGAGGCCUUCGGGCGGCAGCUGGUGGAGCGGCUGGAGGAGAUGCGGGGGAAGCUGGACUCGGGCGCCGCCGGUGUGGAGGACCACCUGGAGCUGCUGGAGAAGGAGGUGCGGGAGAAGGUGGCCGCCUUCCUCAGCACCUCCCAGCCGGCGGAGAACUGA